UUUUUCUCUUUUUCCUUCACUCUCUUGUUUCACAAACCAGAAAGCCUUUACAGAUCAUUAUCUUCUUCUUCAUAUCUCUCUCUCUCUUUCAUUUUCCUCUGCUUUUCUUCUGUUUCUCGUUCCAAACAAAUCCAAACGGUUUAGGUUUUUUCCUUUAAAAUUUGCUCUGCAGAGAGCUAGAAAGAUAGGUAUGGCAGAAGAAGAAACAGAGCUGAGUGAGGAGCAAAGGAAAGAGAUCGCCAAAUGGUUCCUCCUCAACGCUCCCGCUGGCGAAAUCCAAUACGUCGCUAAAGAUUUGAAGUCUGUUUUGAAUGAUGACGACGUGUACAAUGAGGCGGUAUCGGAGGCAUUUCCUGUUUACAACAAAUCUCACAUGAUUUGCCUCGAAAUGCCUGGUAGAUUCGGAGAUGUCCUGGUUACAUCAUAUGGGGAGCUUCAGGAUAAUGAGUAUCUAGACCCCAAGACUGCUCAAGUUGCCAUAGUUGACCAUGUCAAACAGGUUUGUACAGAGGUGAGACCUGCCACUGAUGAGGAGCUUCCAUCCCCGUAUAUAGAGGAAUACCGAUGUGCUUUGGACGUAGAAAUGUCAAAGUAUGUUGGUGAAGCUUAUCCAAAAGGUUUUUGUUCAGUUUACUGUACUAAUGGAAAAGAUGUGGAGGGACCUGGAUCUGAUUUUGAGCUUGUUGUAGUGAUUUCUGCUGCUAGACUUAGCCCACAGAAUUUCUGCAAUGGAAGUUGGCGGUCAAUAUGGAACAUUGAGUUUAAAGAUGAUAUUCAAAUACUGGAAUUGAAAGGCAAAUUGCAGGUCGGUGCACACUAUUUUGAAGAGGGAAACGUGCAAUUAGAUGCAAGACAUGAAUGUAAAGAUUCUACAUUAUUUCAGUCCCCUGAUGAUAGUGCAGUUUCUAUAGCCACCAUAAUUCGCCACCAUGAGACAGAGUACCUGGCAUCCCUUGAGGCAUCCUAUUUGAAUUUGCCAGAUACCACUUUCAAGGAUCUUCGCAGGAAACUUCCAGUUACUCGAACCUUAUUCCCAUGGCAUAACACUUCACAAUUCAGCCUGACAAGAGAGAUAUCAAAAGAACUGGGAAUUGGAAAGUGACUAUACCAUACCAAACUCGUAAAGCACAUCCCUUGAUGCAUAAAAUCGAUUUAAGCUGGGUCCCCCGGUCACCGGACAGUAUCUGUAGUACAGUUGCUGAGAGUUUACAACUGUUGUUUCGCCUCCAACCACCUUGAUUUUACAGUUAUCUGUUAUUUGGUGUGCAAGUUGUGUUCUCCUGUAAGAGUCUCAAAUUUUGGUGUGCUUAUCCCGCAUCAUUCUUUACAAGCCAUGUAUAGCAUUGCUUUGAAUAGUUCCCCAACAUCUUUCUUGUGGUGCUUGUGGAAAAUUUUAGUACGUAUGCCUGAGCAAUUGUAUGUUCCAGAUUCCAGUGUCAUAGAUCAUAUAGGAACAAUAUUAAAAUUCUUAGAUUAUGCUUUUCUACUA